UAUUUACCUGAAGUGCAUGGGGCUGUUAAGAAAUCAAAAGCUUCAUUGCCAGAUAAAACCUCUCCUUUUUCUUUCAUUUCUUUUGAUAACUUUUUGUAGUCUUCUCUGUUGUUUGAGAUAAUGCCACGAGGUCCUUUCAUCUUGUCCAAGCAACACGAGUCUCUUUCACAUCUGAAGUUAGUGCUUUUGUUGAAAAUCUGGCUUUUGUAUGUUUUGAAAAAUUGCUGUCCUUUUACUACUCUUGAUGUUUGGAGUUUUCUAAAGAUGAAUUUCUGUGACGUGCGUAAGGGCCAUUCACCUUUAAUGCACUUCCUUUGCCUUAAGUUACUUUCAGUACAAACCCACACAUAGAAUCAUUUAACAUAGAAGUACAGCAACAGUUAUGUUUACACUGACAGCCAUAAUCAUGCUGGGUAGCUGACUUCAUUGGGAUCCUAGAAGGAAGUAAGAUGACAGUAAGAUGUUAGUGGCAGAAAGAAUACCUGCUACUGGCUUGUAAAUAUUGAAAUAAUUUAUUAAAUUAGCUCAUCAGAUCUUCCCCUUUACUUAGGUUAAGUCCAUAAAUUUCCCAAGUCGUGCUAAAAUUAAUCGGCCCACCAAUAUAAUAAUUGAUUGAAGUUGUAAGAAUUCCUGGAGAUGGGGGGAACGGUCUCUGCCCUAUAGCAGCAAAGGCAGGAGGAUCCCAAGAGAGGAGGGAGUCGGAGUGGAGGAAAUGCAUCACAUGGCUCUGCGCUGGACGGCUCGCUCUAAUCUGCCCAGGGCUAAUUUUAGAAGCAAGUAAAUGGUGAAGCCUUGCCUGGAAAGGAGUGGGUGAGGAGGGGGAUAGUCUGUUUACUUAGCAGGAGGCCCUUUAGGGUUGGAGACUCAUGGCUCCGUCCUGCCCUGUGGUCCUGGAUGGAAGUGGUUGGAUUCUCCCUGGGUGGCAAGCAGAGAGGGGCUACCUGGGUUGGCAACAAAAGAAGGAAGAUGAGCAGUAAGAAUGUGGUUGAUUCCGGAGGAACUCCUUCGGGGACUGUUGCCAGCACACUGACGGUGCCUCCGGAAGUGGCGGUCCGAAACGUGGUCAGCAUCGCACGCUCCCAGAGCCAGCAGUCGUCUUGGACAUCCUCCAACAGUGAUGUCAUAGUCACUGGUAUAUAUAAUCCAACCUCAACGGGCCGACUGAUGUCCACGAAACAGACUAACACACUGAUGAAUGAUAUGCAUAAAAACUCUCUUCCGAGACCUCCUGGGAAAAGUGAUCCUGAAUUUCAGCGGCAGCACAUUGCAGUUGCCCGGCAAGGCCCUCACUGUAAAAACGCUUCGCUGUUCCUGGGAGAAAAAACUAUCAUUCUUUCAAGACAAACGAGCGUGCUGAAUUCGGGGAACUCCAUUUAUAACCACACAAAGAAAAGCUACGGUGGCUCUUCUGUCCAGACGGCAGAGUUGGUACUACCUCAGAAACCUGUGUUGUGCCACAGACCCUGCAGAGUGGAGCCGAUGGGGUGCCAAAGGCUACAGAAGCCGGAGCAUCCCAUCCUUGCCUCUCACAUGCCGUCCGGACAAAGGGCUAACAUCAGAGAUCCUUCCUGCAGCACACACAACUUGGAAAUACGGGAGGUUUUUUCCUUGGCCGUUACUGAUCAACCUCAGAGAAUCCUGGGAGGAAACACCCAGAAGUCAUUGCCUAGUUCAAGUGAAAGCAGUUGUUUGUCAAUUGCAAUGGAAACUGGGGAUGUAGACGACGAAUACGCUAGAGAAGAAGAGUUGGCAUCAAUGGGUGCCCAGAUACAGAAUUAUUCAAGGCUGAGCGGUCCAUCCCUCAGAGUCCAGAAUCCAGGCUCAGGUCUGUCUGGGUCAGGCAGAAGCGUCAGCUCUAGUUCACACAUGAUGAAUUCCAGGAACUUGCAUGAUAAUAUCCUGUAUCAUAACAGAGACUAUCGCUUGCCUCCACGGACCUCCUUACAUACCGCGUCCAGUACACUGUAUAGCAGUUCCUACCCCUCAAGGAGUAACCUGUCUUCUCAUUUUGGAGCAUCCAAUCAGCUAAGGUUAUCUCAAAACCAAAAUAAUUACCAGAUUUCAGGAAACCUCACUGUGCCUUGGAUUACGGGUUGUUCCCGAAAAAGAGCACUGCAGGACCGUACACAAUUCAGUGACCGGGAUUUAGCUACCCUUAAGAAAUACUGGGACAAGGGCAUGACUAGCCUUGGCUCAGUUUGCAGAGAGAAAAUUGAAGCGGUUGCUUCGGAGCUGAAUGUUGACUGUGAAAUAGUGCGGACUUGGAUUGGGAAUCGGAGACGAAAAUAUCGCCUAAUGGGAAUUGAAGUUCCCCCUCCCCGAGGCGGCCCUGCCGAUUUUUCCAAUCAAUCUGAUUCGAGCAGUAAGUCAAUAUCCAUUCCAGGAGAUGAUGCAUCGACUGAUGUGGGAGAUGACAAUGACAGGAACGACGAAGUAUCAAUCUGCUUAUCAGAAGGAAGCUCACAAGAAGAGCACAGUGAAGUUCUUCAGAAUGAUGACAUUGGGCAUAAGGGGAGGGACCAGACUACUGUAGCUGCUGAUAAUGUGAAAAUAGAAAUUAUUGAUGAUGAAGAAAGUGAUAUGAUAAGCAAUUCUGAAGUGGAUCAAAUGAGUUCACUUCUGGACUAUAAAAAUGAGGAAGUAAGGUUCAUUGAAAGUGAACUGGAGCAUCAGAAACAGAAAUAUUUUGAACUGCAAGCUUUCACUCGGAGUUUGAUACUUGCUAUUAAAACGGAUGAUAAAGAACAGCAGCAGGCACUCCUAGCAGAUUUACCUCCCGAGUUAGAAGACAUGGACUUCAAUCAUGCAUCUCCAGGACCUGAUGAUACCUCAUUUAGCUUGUCUUCUUCAUCAGAGAAAAAUGCCUUGGACAGUUUCUGACCUUUUGACACAAACACACACAAAAAAACACUCACAAGACAACAUAGUUUGCUUUAACAUGUAUGCUUUGAAUGAAUUUGUUAGCCAAUACCCUUAAAAAUAUGUAAGGGAAAGGUUGAGAUGGGAAGAGAGACUUCUAUAGUGGUGUGAUUGAUGGUAGCUACAAAUUCUGGAUUUUAUUUUUUGACAAAUGUGAAAUUUACUUGACAAACAUAAGUUAGGCUUCUAGCAGCAAUGCCUUGUUAAUGGUACCUUUCUGCUAACAAGUGUUUGGUAAGAAAUUCCUGACCUAAGCAGGAUUCUGAAAAUAGAAGAAAAGUAGCAAAUCGUGAUAAUAAUUCUACUGUAUCUUCCUAUUCUAGCCCACCAGUCUUGUUCAUUGUGAUACAUUGCCUUUUAUUCUUUCCCCAUUUCUCAGGUAGGUGGACUGAACAUUGGGAAUUAUGGGCUUCAGGAGAUAGUUAAGUAAAAUUUGAAUCUUCAUGAAAAAUAUGAUCAUUCAAUCCAGGGAUCAGGCUAAAGAUGUGUUUCUCUUCGACUGUAUGUAACAACAAAUCCUUGCGUCUUUGCUCUUAUUCACUCUUGAAGAAUCCUUGGAAACAUAAAGCUAUCUAUUCUAACAACUUUCAAUGAAAUAAUCUGUGUACAAUGGGGUGUGAAUUCUGCAUGCAAAUAAUAUCAGCCCCUAAGAGAAAUGCUUGUUUGUUCAGAAAAAGCAGCAAUCUCCAGUACUUCAGGGAUUUCAUCCGUUGUCUUCCCUCCGUACAUCAUGGGAAUGCAUGGCAAUACCUUUGGAAGAAAGGCCACAAAUAUAGGAGUACUUAGUUCUAAAAGUUUAAUGGGCUCAUGUGGCUUAUUCAGAAGCCAUGACUCCAUGACCAAGUCUCAGCUGAAGGCUGCUCAGGAAUAGGUCUGAAAUGUUUUCCUUGUCUAAAAUAUUCAGUCAGAAAAAGGAAGGAAGAGCUAGCUGUCUACCCCAAGAGAAAAAGGGGUAUCCUUGAUGAAGGACGUCCACUGGGAAAAUACUUCCAGCAUUAUAAAUUGGAACUGCUUAAUUCAAAUAGGGAAUAGGAUAAAUGAGAUUUGGUGUAUGGGGUUGCCAACAUAAACAUAAUUGUGCAGUUCAGAUUCACUUUCGUCAACCUCGUGCACAAUCAGAAGCCAAGGCAGAAUUGAGCUUAGUGGCAGAUGCGCUGGUCUGUUGUGUGGAUCAAAAUCUCACUGUGUAUCAGAUGAGCUUUGGAUUGAACAGAGCACCAGUUGCCUGUUUCUCUCUCUUUUUAAACCAGUGUUGAGGACUGACUGUAUGGUCUUCAGGAUUUUGACCUACGAUUAUGUCCUAGAUCCUUAAUUCGAUUAGGAAAAUGUCACAUAGAUAUUUGUAUGGUUUGCUCUCCCAUGAAAGUAUAAUACAAGUAAGCACUGUAGCUGAAACCUUGUAGCACACAAAGGGGCACUGUUUUUAAUCUUCCUUUAGAAUCAUAUUUUUUCUUUAAAAACAGCUGUGAAAAACUGUCCUCCUGCUCCUAACACACUUGCUGUGUUCUUCAAAGCCCUGUUGUACCUUUUUUGCUUUGUUCGUUGUUGCUUCUCCAUAUACUACUUCUCUCUUCCCAAGACAGCUUUCCCAGCUGCCUUGAUUCCAUUUGAAAGUAAAAGGAGAUACAAUUAGGAUUCUGUCCUCUGCAGUUAUAUACAGGACACAUGGCCAAUGCCAUGUGUCUCAAAGUCUUUUCAGAUAGCAAUUUAACUUGCGUGGAUUGUGUGUCAUGGGAUGGGCUAAGUAUUUUAGGGAUCUGAUCUCUGGACAAGACACAGUAGAUCAGUAAGGAUUCCUGGUUUCCAACUAUUGAACGUGUGUUGUUGCAUGCCUUGAAGUCAUUUCUGACCUUUGGCAAGCCUACAGUGAAUGGGGUUUUCUUGCAGAAUUUAUUCAGAGGGUUUGCCCUUGCUUUCUUCUAAGGCUAAGAGAGUGUGGCUUGGCCAACAUCAUCCAGUGGGUUUUAUGGAUGGACGGAGACUCAAACCCUGGCCUCCCAGUGUCCUAGUCCAACCCUCAAACCACUGCACACAACACAUUUGAGCUCUUGAUUAAACAAAGCUUGGAGUUCAAGUGGUGUGUGAAAUCAUUGUGUGUUAGUUCAGUUUUGAUAUAUAGGCUGAAAAUAUGUUCUUUAAUUCUAAAUGUAUGUUUUUCCUACCUGAUUUGUGUAUCUCAGAAUUCUAAUGAGAAACAAAGCCUAGCGUCGGCCCAGCUAUACCAUAGGAUAAUGUAGAUUUGGCCUGCAAAAAAUAACUCUGUGGCGAGAACCUCUUAAUCUGUGUAUUAUUUCAGUUUGAUUUGUAUAAUGCAACACUGAGUUUACUUGUCCAAAUGAAUUAAUAGGGCCAUAAUCUGUAGGAUGCGUCCAGGAUGCUCACAAUUUCCUUUUCACUGCAAGCCUUAGCUUUGCUAUCCCACUUUUCGGAAGAUAAUUGGAAUCUUGGUAGAACUGUAAGAAUUCCCUAUCAUUUCAACUAGAUGUUCAGUAUUCUAUUUUUAACUAUCGACCAUGUAGUUGCCCAGAUUUCCAGAUGGUAAAGUGCUGGUUUUCUUUACUGUUCACAUCUAGGCCUAGGCGAGGAAAAAUGAAGGGUUCAGUGCUACUUCAGCACUUCUCUUAUGAUCUUUUUUAAAGUGGAAAAUGUCAGAUUGAAUUUGAUUAUUUUACUGAUACAUGGCUUAUUCAUUCUUUUAACAACAGCAAGAUCUACACUCUGAUAGGCAGUGAGACCUUGGCCUCUGCAGAUCCAAAAUCUAAGAUUCUUUUGAGUCCCAUUUAUGUAACGCUGUGCAUCACUCAAUGACAUGCUGCUGGUAUGACCUAUUAAAUGGAAGUAUUUUCACAUUGAGAAGUAUUGUUUUAAAGCUAGGAGAGGUCUGCGUCUCAACAGCGGUAGCUCAUCUGUGCCUAGAAAGCUCUGUUUUUAAGUCUUCAAGUGAUGAAGAUACAUGAACUUCAAUUAAUAAUUCCCUUCAAAAUUCCUUUUGCUGCCUGUCUGCAUUCACUGUGCUGUAUAUUGAAUGAGGUUUGCAAUAAAAGAGCAGAUCAUAGGAAUGUCUCAACUGGCUCCACUAGAGCACUAAUCGCCAGUCUUGCAUAGCUAGGGCUGUUUCCACAAUGUGAAACCACAUUUACAGUUAGUUUUGCUGCUUCAUAUUCAGAAUUUAGGGCUCCUGUGUCUUUGGAUAGUUCUGUUUUGAUGGUGAAUUGGGUGAGAAAAGUCCUUUGUGUCCAACUUCUUUUUUUCUAUGCAACUCUUGGCAGUUUUGGAAACGUUGUCUCCUCAUCACUUUUUCUUAUCAUGUCUUGCUCUUGAAAAGAGAGAGAAUGUGGCAAGGCCAUUGCCAGGUCUGCUUUUCUAGUCACUCUUGGAUUCUUUUCUAGCCUUUGUAGGCUAAGGCAUGCUUUCACACUCCCUGAGAAACCCUUUGCAUGAACCUAAAUAUCUGAUACAGUCACCAAAACAUUCUAAUCUAGAUCUGGGGAGGGCAAAGUGUGAAUGGGAAUCCCAAGUGCAACCCUUUCUAAAGCCACAUUGACCAAAAUGACAUUUACAAUGAUGUUCAUCACUUCAGGUGCACCAGAAAACAUCUGUGAACCUGCUAGAAGACAUAGAAUGGGGAAAUGACUGCUCCCUGUGCAGUUGCCCACCUCUUGCUUAAAUAGUAUUUCCGGAGGGAUGGAUGUGUACUUUGAAAAGCAGGGGCAAAAGACAGUGCAUGAGUAUUGGAACCAUUGUUUGCUAUGGGCACUACAGUAUAUUCCAAAAGGAGAUUUCACAACCCACAUGUCCAUGUUGACCUCAAAUGAGCUAUCAGUUGAAAUGCUGUUUGCUAUGAAAGACUCUGGUGCUGAAGUGAGAAUAGCUUGAGCAAAUCAACCAAUUUGCUUAAUAGGUCUAGGUUUAAUCUGGAAUAUGAAACAUUUUACUGUAUUAUUUAACUAACGCUGCACUUCCACCCCCACCCCCCACAACACUUCUAUAUGCUACCUCUGAAACUUGACAUUACCUUAGAUUACACUCCAGAUUUUAAUGUGACUUUUGUGUUUAUGACCUCUUUUGGCAAUAAAUUGCUUCCUACACUUUCAGUGUUUUGGGGGAUGGGGAGAGAGAGAUUGCUAGAUAAAUACUGUGUGUUAACUGAAUAUUGGAUAUGUAUUUUUUUUGUUUGGACUUUUGUUUAUUGUUUUUGGUGGCUGAUACUAUAAGCAGAUACUAUAAGAAAAGGGAGGUUCCACUUGAGUCCCAGUUGAGAAUUGUUAGUUACCAGUUACAUUAGACUUCUCUAGUUGGAACUAAAAUUGCAUCCAGACCAGUAUGUGUUUGUUUUAGGACACCCGAGUUUUUACCUUAUUGUCAAGGCACAACUUGCCGGGGGCAUUUUUUUGCAAGAAAUCCUAUUGAAAUCAAGUUGUCAUUCCCCAUAGGUUGGUUGGCGCCUUAAUGCUUAGGAUAAUAAGCAUUAUAAAAUCAAAGUGGAUAUGUGAAUAAAUAAGCUGCUGGUGGUGUAGAUUUUCUCCUGCACUCCAUUUCCUUCUUGAGUAGUUGUUGUGGUGCUUAUUGCUAGUGGUUAGUUAAUCCCAGUGUUAAAGGUCCCUAACCAUUAGGCCAGUUCCAGAAUUGUUUGGGCCCAUGGGAAAGACAGUGUUAGUGGACCCUGGGCUUACUUUCACAAUGGCCCAACUCUCUGGCUAUGCUUGCAAGAUGUGGUUCUCAUCUUGAGAUGGUUAGAAAAUAAACUUAGAAGUAAUUCCUCCCUCCUUGCUGUACAGGAAAGGAUGUUUCCAGCAAGGGGUGGAAACAGGGCAUUAUGUGAGCCUCAUGCAACUCUUGGUGGAGGCAUCAAAUAGACAACCCUUGGGGUCCCACCCAAACACCUUGACCCCUUCCUACCCCAUUUUAAGACAGAUUAUCCCCCUGAAAAAAACACAUUAUAAAAAAACCUUUGCAGAACUAUUACUGUUUCAGGAAGCAUCCCAUCCCAAAAUAUCAAGCUCAAGAAGCAAACAGAAGUGACAUGUCCUAACAAUGUGUCAUCGAAGGCUUUCAUGACCUGAAUCACUGGGUUGCUGUGAGUUUUCCAGGCUGUAUGGCCAUGUUCCAGAAGCAUGUCAGGAGAGACACACAGAAAACUCACAGUAACCCAUGUCUUAACAAUUGCCCAAAAUGAAAAACAGGAAUGUCCCCUCCAGCUUCUAGAGUUGUUGUCCUUUUCCUUCUUAUUAAAUACUCUUUUUGAGAUGUCUCACAGUAGACUCCACUUACUUCUCAAGUCAAGACUGUCCCAGCCCCAAAACCGGUCAUACCUAACCAAUAUCCUUGUAAACUUUUAUUUCUAAAAGCACAGAAUGGUCAUGAUAUGUUUUUAAAAGUUCAAAAUAUGUAUUCACUACAACUUUUUCACCCAGCUAUGUUGGGUGAUUUGCUGUCAGUCUUAGUUUACAUGCUAAUGGGAGUGACUAAUGGGAAGAUUGGUUUUCCAAACUGAAAUGUGGGGGGCGGGGGGAGUUGCCAUUUUAAAUCCAACCUUUCCCCAAGAUAAAUUUCACAGACAUGGAACAGAUUCCUGAAAUGAUUUCUUUCCUGACCUAGAACAUCCCUAGUUUAGAAUCUCACUCUCCUAGAUAUUUAGGGAAAGUCAAGGGAGAUUGAGCCUCGUUAAUGUUGGUGAGAUAUGAGCACAGAGAUCCUUAAGAUUUGUUGUUUACAGUGGGACGUGAACAUUGAAAAGGUUGCGUGGGUUGCAUAAGAAAUGUAGCGCGCCAAUGUAAAAUGCAUCAGGAUUGGCUUUCAAAGAGAACAGCUUAGCCGUGUUUGCAUUAGACAUCUCAUUCAAAAAGUGCAAGUUGAUAAUGCAAUAACAUGGGGGCACAAAGACUGUGUAUCUCCUUGAAGAGGGAAGAAAAAUGUGGAUGUGUAAAGACCUCCCCAUGAUGCUGACAUAGUUCCGGCAAUCUGGUUUUGAAAAGGUGUUGAGUAAACAAUUCUAUGUAGUUAGGAAAGACUGCUCCUCUCUUGUUACCCCAAAACAAGGCUUUUGGAUAGUUGGAGAAGGCUGGCAACUUUUCAGAUAGUUCAUGGCACUUGAAAAUAUUAAUGUCUCACACGAAAUCUAGUCAUUUCAUUUCUUUGCAUUGUUGGAAUCCUCUUCAAAUGAUUUAAUGUGCACCGUUUUCAGUUGUUGUCCAGUGUAUGGAAAGCCAGGGAACAAAUAUGUAAAAUGUGUGCCCGUUCUUUUUCAUUUGCAACUACCUACGUGCAAAUCCUUUCAUAUCCCAUAUUGGCUGGAAUAUUUCCUUACAGGUUAUAUGCAAAACCAGCUAAGUAUACCUUGUUCAUUGCGAACGAAACUCUGCUGUUAAAUGUGAAGCUGCUUUAAGGGGGUGAGUUGGCAGCUAUAUAGAUGAUCCCGAUAUGAAGUGAUCUCUGUGACCUCAUCAUGUAAGCUAACCUUGUAAAGUCCUUUCAUUGUAGUUAGGGUCAACUUCCGUUUUCGUUGAAAACUUCUGACAGUUUGAGUAUUUUGUGUUUUUUUGUUUUCUUUUGAUAUGUUAGUAUACUAUUCAGAUGUGCCAACAAAGUAAUUAUCUAACAUAAUGCCCUUUUGGCCAGUUUUGUAAAUUUAGUGUGAUUUGAAACUGAAUUUCGCUGUGAAACUCAGUUAUUUAUAUUGCAAUUUUAUGACAUGUAAAUGGUAUGUGUAGCAAGAAGACUAUGACAGAUAUCUAACAUGAGUACCUCCACUGUAAUCCAGGAUUUGAUGGUCUUGGUUUAUUGGAAAGAUGGAUUCCAUCCAUUUGUAUUGACCUUGUUUCUCUGUGUAUAUAAGGAUAUUUAUAAUCUUGUAUUAACAAAAUCCAUCGCAUACAGAAAAAAGGUGAUUUCCUUCAUUAGAAACCUGUUCAACUAUUUUUAUAUAAACUAUUGGUCUCUGCCUUAACUUUUUUUGUGAAGAUUUGUGCCAUAGACUUUUUAACUUAUCACAGAUAGAUUACCAAAUUUGAUUUACUUCACCAUUGAGACUUUUGAAAGAAUAUUAGACUUGUGUUACUGGAUGGUUGCAAAGUCACUUAUAUUAAUUAAGGAGUGUUCUUCAGAUGUAUCCAUCCCAUAUAGAUGCUUUUUUUCUUAUGAUUUAUGUCCUAAAACUUCUUUGCAUCCACACUGAAAUGCACGCUCUUAAGAAUUCCAGGAAUUGUCACUCUUUUUUGUUUUGUUUCCUCAGUUUAUCGGAUAUUGUUUGGCAAUACCUUACAUAAUAAAUUGAGUUGUUUGUUGCAAAACUGUAUCUGUUAGGUCAAAUUGGUUAGAGUAAAGGGCUAACUACCUUUGCUAUCUUUGUCUAUUCACUCAAGGAUAUUUUUCUACAUCUACCAGAUCAGAAAGACUGGAGAAAUUCAAUAAAGGCUAAGUGAUUUGUUUUCCUA